GGAAAUAUUUUUUAAAACUACGUUAGCUGAGACGGACGGUUAGCGCAUGUUGGCUAACGUUAGCUGGGUUAGUUUAGCAUCAAGUCCAGUCGCGUGAAAGUUACGUUUUAACGUUUCUCCACGUCUUCCCGCAUCAAGUGCCUUUUUUUUUUACGCCAAUGUGGGGCCAUGUCGCAGAAUAAAAGAUUGUCCAACACUCAGAGAUCCUCGCUGAGUAAAAGACUGAGCGGCACGCCAGGUGCUGUGGGUGAGGAUGAAGAUGCAACUCAGCCGAGCACGUCGCAGGUCGAGAGAAGCCUCAAGAAGCUCUUGCCUGCCCAGAUUGACCAGAAGACGGCUGAAGUGGUGGAGUACAUCCUGGUGAAGGAUCAGAAAAAGAUACCCAUACGGCGAGGAGACCUGGUGAAACACGUGAUCAAAGAAUACCGAAAUGUCUACCCUGAGAUCAUGAAGAGAGUGGCGCACACCUUUGAACAGAUUUUUGGCCUUAAAUUGGUUAAUAUAGACACGAAGAAUCAAUUGUACAUCCUCAUCAAUAAACUUGAGGCAAUUGCUGGAGGCCCGUCCUUUAGCUCGCCCGACCCAAAGAUGGGACUCCUCUUUGUCAUCUUGAGUGUCAUCUUCAUGAAACGGGGUGUGGCCAAAGAAGGCCUGAUUUGGAGCGUGCUCGGGAGACUCUGCGUUGACCCUGCAAAGAGACAUGAGGAAUUUGGCGACGUCAAGAAGAUGGUCACAGAUGAGUUUGUGCGUCAAAGGUACCUUGAGUAUGUACCCAUCUCCCACACUGACCCACUUGAACACAACUUUCUCUGGGGUCUGCGUGCUAAUGUGGAAGUCUCCAAGGCUAAAAUCCUUCAAUUUGUGGCAGAACUUCAUGAUCUGGAUCCUCAGAGUUGGACAAGUCAAUACAGAGAAGCCCACAACACUCAAGACAGUCAGGCAAGCUCAAGCAGCCGAAGAUGACUAUUUUAAUGUUGACUUUUAUGUGUUUUUGUGAUCUUGAAUUUGUUUGUGCUCACAGUAUUGGCCUUAGCUUAUCUAUUUCGAAUUUGGAAUGUUUUUAUUUUGCACCCUAUAUGUUAACUUUUUUUUUUUUUUGUAAAAUAAAAUGUUUUUACAUUGGCA